AUAUCACUUCUGUUCCUCUGUGGAUUUUGUUGAGUAUACCAUUGUGUGCUACACUUGUGCGCAUGUGUAGUCCUGAAUGUGUGUAAGAUAUGGGCAUGAACAGGAUUUAACAGUGUUUAAUCGAUACAUAGGUGAUGCCCCCAUCUUCCUUGCUUUGUGAACUGUUUGAAAAGCACUUUGCCAAUAUGUGAAUUUCCCUAUCUUCCAUUCUAUUCGUCAUCACCCUGAGGGUGGAUGCUUCUGGGAAAGUGUCCCUGUUUACAAUCUCCACCCUCUGCCAACCAAUCCUUUCACAUUCCAGCCACACCUGCUGUUCCACAUUCACCCUUGGCCACUCUCUCCCACUGACCUUGUGCUGUGAGCCUCGAUUUUUAAAUCAACAGCAAAGAAAAGAGUCAACCUGCAGAUCUCAGCGUGGAAGAGCCCUGUUUUACAACUGUCGGAGAAAAGAAGUUAUCUCAUCUGCCGUUUCCUUGGAUCAUUGCAAAAGAUUUCCCUUUGUAGGGCCCUGGGGGCUGGUAGAGAUGCAAAGAGGCUUAGAGACUCCGGACCAGUUAGGUGCCAACCAGGAGACUCCAGGAAUCCCUGAGAUCAAAGUUGUUGUAGUAGGAGAUGGAGGCUGCGGAAAGACAUCACUGCUCAUGGUCUUUGCAAAAGGAGACUUCCCCAAGGUUUACAUCCCAACAGUAUUUGAGAAAUAUUCAGCCCCCUUCCACAUCAACGACAAACAAGUGACUAUCAGUCUCUGGGAUACAGCAGGGCAAGACGAUUACGACAGGCUCCGCCCCCUCUCCUAUAAUGGGGCCCAUGCAGUUAUCAUGUGCUAUGAUGUCACCAGCCCUGCCAGCUUCAACAACAUCCUCACAAAGUGGUACCCUGAAGUGAACCAUUUCUGCAGAGGGAUUCCACUCCUGCUUGUUGGAUGCAAGACAGACCUCAGAAAGGACAAGGUUCUGCUAAGGAGGCUGCAUCAGGACCAGCUAGAGCCCAUCACAUAUCAGAAGGGGGAGAAUUUGGCCCGGAAUCUCCAUGCAGUUGCCUACCUUGAGUGCUCAGCCCGUUUCCAUGAGAACAUCAUUGACAUAUUCACAGAGGCUUCCAGAGCAGCCUUGAGUACCAUGAAGAAGAAGAAGCGCAGGCGCAAACCCAAAAGGACUUGCCUGCUUUCCUGAUAGCCAGAGUAGAUCAACAUGUAAGCAGAUGGAUGGAACCAACAGUGGAGGCUUGGUGGGGUGUUUGGCAAUUGCCCAGCACCCCACAUUUUAGGGAGCUCCCAAGUCUUGUACAAAAUUCUGCUUGCCUCCUUUAUGGUCAGUCAUUCCCAGCAGAAUUAGCACUGAUUUCAGUUGAACAUAAACUUGGGAGAGACUGGAAUUACAGUGAAUUGAUUGAGGACUUUGCUUCCAAGGCGGCUCAAAGCAAUUCAUUUCAUUAAACAGGGUACUAGAGAAUUGACUUUUAAAUGAUCAAGCAUUAUACCAUUAUUUAUCAGUGAACUGACUAUCACCAAACCACCAUAUGU